GGGAUGUUCUCGGCGGGGACGGAGAGUCUGCUCCGCCAAGCCAGGGAGAUCCAGGAUGAGGAGCUGAGCAAAUUCUGUACCCGGGUAACAAAGCUGCUGCAGAAAGGCCCUGGGGCUGAGGCUGUGGACGCCCUGCGGAGACUUUUCCUCAUCCUCUCGGCCACCAAAUACAGCCGGAGGCUAGAGAAGCCCUGCGUGGACCUGCUACAGACCACCCUGUGCUCACCCACCUGCCCCGAGCAGCUCCAGCUCCUCUGUGCUGCCAUCCUACGGGAGGUGGCUCCGUCCGAUGGCCUGGUCCUGACAUGUGACCACAUUCAAGACAGCCGCACACUGAGCCUGGUGGCUUCUGUGCUUCUGGCCCAGGGCGACAGGCGGGACGAGGUCCGCAGCGUGGGGCUGCGCGCUUUGCAGCUCCUGGAGACCCGGCCGACUGAGGGACCCGGGCCGAGGCCCCUCCUCCAUGUGCUGUCCAAGGUGGUCAGCCUGGCACCUGCUGUCCUUUCCCAAGGCCCAGCAGACUCGCUGCCCAGAAGACUGGUGGACUGGCUGCGCUACGCCAGCGUCCAGCAGGGGGCAGCACAGACCUCCGGAGGUUUCUUCUCUGGUGCCCGAGCCAGGCAGCCUGGGCCUGUCACAGAGGUGGAUGGGGCGGUGGCCACCGACUUCUUCACGGUGCUGUCCACGGGCCAGUGUUUCACGGAGGACCAGCAGCUCAACGUGCAGGUCUUCUCCAUGCUGCGAGCCUGGCUGCUACUUGGUGAUCCCACAGGCCCAGGGGCUGCUGACGCAGACGACAGAUCGGACAGAUCAGAGCUGGAAGGCUCCAGCUUGUCUGUGUUCUCGGCUGCCAGCACCACCACCAGCCGCCUGCUGCCCCCCCAGCAGCAACUGCGGGCCGGGGCUUUUGACUACUGUCAGCGCCUACUGGAACAGAGCGGCCGGCGAGCCCUGCGGAGAGGGGACACUGACCUGCAGAAGGCUUGCUUGGUGGAAGCCGUGCUGCUCCUGGAGGUGCUAUGCCGACAGGAGCCAUCCUUCCUGUACCGCGCCCUGUCCUGCCUCAAGACCCUGCUCGGACGGCUGUGUGGGGACCCAGCCCAGGCCCGCACACUACUGCCCAUCGCCCACUUCCUGCUGAGCCACGGAGAGGCGGCCGCGGUGGACUCGGCGACUGUGUGUUGGCACCUGUUCUCCAGCAUCCCAGCUGAGCUCUUCCCCAACCCCAUGUUGGCCUUUGAAUUCGUCCAGUUCUGCAGGGACAGCCUCCACCUCCUUGGCCCGGACCUGGCCGUCUUCAAGCUCAGCUUCCCGAAUCUCUUCAAGUUCUUGGCUUGGCACAGCCCAGCCCUCACCUCGGAGUUUGUGGCGUUGUUCCCGGCGCUGGUGGAUGCCAGCACUGCUGUGGAGAUGUUCCAUGCUCUACUGGACCUGCCGUGUCUGACCGCAGCCCUGGACCUGCAGCUCAGGUCAUCCCCAGCAGCAUCGGAGAGGCCUCUAUGGGACGUCUCCCUGCAGCCCACCAACUGUCUGUGGGGCUUCCGGGACCCCCAGUUCCAGGGCCUCUUCCAGUACCUGCUGCGAAGCAAGGCAGGUGGCACUGCACACAGGAUGGCCCCACUGCACUGCCUGCUGCAGCCCAUGGCUGGCUGUGCCCGAGUGCUCCAGUGUGCUGAGGCCGUGCCCACCCUGCUCCAGGCGUUUUUUGCGGCUGUGACCCCCGUGGCUGAUGGGGCCCUGAUGGCCCAGCUAGCGCUGGCACUCCUGGAGAGAAGCAACUCCCUGCCCCAUGUGCCGCAGUAUGAGGCUUGUGUGCACAGAGUAAUGAGCUCGCAGCUCCUGGUGCUAUUCAGACUACGUCCAGCGCUGGUGGUCGAGCUGGCCAAGGAUCUGUUGGAGUUCGUGGGGAGCGUGAGCGGUACCCGCAGCCAGGAGCCCAUGUUCACAGCUGUGGUGUGGGCGGUCGGUGAGUACCUGGCAGUGCCUUAUGACCGGCGCUGCACUGUGGAGCAGGUCAACAAAUUCUUCGAGGCCCUGGAGGCCCUGCUUUUCGAGGUCACCCAAUCCCGCCGCUCAGCUGCCCGUCCUGAGUGCCCACCACAAGUUGUUGCUGUCCUCAUGACCACACUGACCAAGCUGGCCUCUCGCAGCCAAGACCUGAUCCCCAGGGUCUCCCUGCUCCUGUCCAAGCUGCGGGCCCUGCCCCAGGCUUCGGUGGCAUGCUCCGGAGAUGCGGAUGGGGAUGCCGUCUGCAGGAGGGCCACGGAGCUCACCAACCUCCUCAAGAUGCCCAGCGUGGCACAGUUUGUGUUCACACCGGGUGUGGGGGCCAACACCCACCAUGUCACCACUGCCCUGCGCACAGUCAGCCGGCUGGUGGACAGGGAGGCCAACCUGCAGACAUCGUGA